UCGGCCAUCAUGGCGACUCCCAAGUUCAAUUCCAAGUCUCCCAACAUACGGCGCAUCCUCCGUGAAGCCCAGGAGCUUUCAGCCUCGCCAUCCCCAGACUACACAGCGACGCCGAUCGAGUCGGACCUUUUCGAGUGGCACUUUACGCUCAAGGGCCCUCCGGACUCGGUCUACGCCGAGGGCAUCUACCACGGCCGCAUAGUGCUCCCGCCGACGUACCCGCUCCGCCCGCCGUCGUUCCGCUUCAUCACCCCUUCGGGCCGCUUCGAGGCCAACCGCGAGAUCUGCCUGUCCAUAUCGGGCCACCACGAGGAGACGUGGCAGCCCGCAUGGGGCGUCCGCACCGCCCUCGUCGCCCUCCGCUCCUUCAUGGAGACGGACCCCAAGGGCCAGCUCGGCGGGCUCGAGACCACAGACGCCGUCCGGAGGCGCCUCGCGACCGAGUCGAGGACGUUCAAGUGUGCCGUCUGCGCCAAGUCCAAUUCCGACAUCAUAGCUGAGGCAGAGGCCGCCUCCAAGGACGUUGAGGGCCAGGCGGCUGAGGUGGUGGUGCCGGACGAGUUGAAAAUGGGCUGGCGGGACGAGAUGGCCCAGGCAGAAGGUGCUGCGGGUAGCGGCGGUGAUGCUGCCCCGGCUGCGCCUGCAUCGGCUCCUGCCGCAGUGCCAGGUCGUGAUUCCGAGACUGCCGCGCUUGCCGAGGGUUUCGUCCCGACCACCGCACCCGCACCACCUCAGCCUACGAGGACGAUACCGCUUCCUCCAGCGCAGCAGCACCACCAGGUAGCGCAACUGGUCCAGUACUCCGACGAUGGCGUGCUCGCCUGGCUGGACAGGGCCAUCGUCAUCGUGGGUUUCCUUUUGGUGGCCAUGUUCCUCAAGUUGCUGGUAGCUUGA